ACGAUUUUAAAGAUGUAUAUGUCAAAAGAAACGAAAAUCAAUAUGAUGCUUCCAUCAGAGCAAAAACGAUAUCGUCUAAAAACUAAUUUAUACUUGGCAAUUUUCAUAAUAAUAUUUAUAAUGAUAUUUCCAUCGUUUUAUAAAAUUAAUGAUGAUAUUCCGCCUAAUUCUAUAGAAAAGAAUUUUGAAAUUGAUAAUAACAAUAACAAUAAUGGAUCCAAUACAUCAGGACAUUACCAGAUUCUGCUUCUAAUUACAUCUCGGAUGGAAGAAUACCAACAUCGUAAAUUAUUACGCAGUGUUUUGUUUGGUAUAAAUGAUAAUAUAGAACCUUGUAUGAAAUAUGACACGAAUGUUUAUUACAAGUUUUUGAUUCCUCCAUAUGACGUUAAUAAAAAAAUGUACGGAAGUUUUGUUAGUGAAAAUGUAGAAUAUAAUGACAUGGUCGAAUUUCAACAUUUACCGGAUUUAAAUCUGAAUUAUACUCAAGAAAUUGUUCUUAAAUGGACUCAGUCACUAAAACAUUCUGGCAUAACAUUUGAUUUUGCUGUACUUCUUGAUAACAACUCCAUCAUAAACCUUUCAAAAUUUAAAAGGAUCAUAUCCACUUUCAAUAUCUCUCCAAUUCAACUUCAAUAUCUUAUAUGGGGUCGAUUUGACGAUUCAUUUGCUGACGAUAUUUUU